AUGGAUGCACAGGCUCUAACGGACAAGAUUGUUGUCACUGGCAACGCCAUCCGCGAUCUCAAGUCGAUGAAAGAUGUGAAAAAUGCUGACAAAAUUGCGGCAAAAGUUCAAGAGCUACUGGCGCUCAAGGCCGAGUUUAAGACACUGACAGGGGUCGAAUACGCACCUUCGCAGCAACCGAAGAAGCCAAAGGAGACCUCAUCAUCCGCGACUUCCACGCUUGGCGAAGCUUCUACAAAGUCGAAAAGUCAAAUUAAGAAAGAGAAAAAGAUUGCUCAGCAGGCGGCGAAAAAGUCCGCUGGUGUGGGCACAAAUUCCAGCAAGCCCAAGCUAAAUCAGAAGCCGGUAAAGCCCAGUGAGAGUUCCAGACCCCUCGAAAGUGCAGCAGUUCCCUCAGAUGCUGAAUUGCUCUUGCGUCAGUCUAAAUUUCAGUAUCAGGUUUUGCGCUCAGGUGUGGCUGGAAGCGGUCAAGUUGUGACUCCGUGGGAUGUCGACGCAGAAGAUGGAGUGGACUAUGACAAGCUUGUAGAACAGUUCGGUAGCACAAAGAUUCCGCCUGAAAUGAUUAAAAGGAUGGAGAGACUGACGGGCCAUAGAGCCCAUCGAUAUUUGCGUCGUGGGUUCUUUUUCUCCCACCGAGACUUGGACGUGAUUUUGGACGCUUACGAGAAAGGUGAAAAGUUUUUCCUCUACACAGGCCGCGGACCGUCAUCAGGUAGUUUGCACAUGGGUCAUCUGAUUCCUUUCACUUUUACGGCCUGGCUGCAAAAGGUUUUUGAUGUUCCUCUCGUGAUUCAGCUUACGAAUGAUGAAAAGUUUCUCUUUAAAGACCAGACAAUCGAAGAGAGCGAGGUCAUGGCCUGGGAAAACGCUAAAGAUAUUAUUGCAUGUGGCUUUGACGUCAAGAAGACCUUUAUUUUCGCCAACACCGAUUAUAUCAAGGAAAUGUACCCACAGAUUCUCAAAGUCCAGAAAUGUGUCACUUAUAACCAGGUGCGCGGCAUUUUUGGCUUUACUGGAUCUGAUAAUAUUGGCAAGUCAGCAUUCCCAGCUGUCCAGGCCGUGCCUUCAUUCUCAGAGACAUUUCCUGUUGUACUUGGUGGACGUAAGGGAUUGCGUUGUCUCAUUCCCCACGCUAUUGACCAAGAUCCGUACUUCCGUAUGACACGCGAUGUAGCGCCUCGCAUUGGCUACCUCAAGCCUGCCUCCAUGCACUCUAAGUUCUUUCCAGCACUUCAAGGUAGUACGACCAAGAUGAGCGCCAGCAAAGCUAGCACCACUAUCUAUACUUCGGACUCCCCGGAUGACAUCGCAAACAAAAUUAAAAAAUACGCCUACAGUGGAGGAGGCGAAACCAAGGCUGACCACGAAAAGUACGGCGCCAAUUUAGAAGCGGACAUUCCCUACCAAUACUUGUCAUUUAUGCUGGAGGAUGACGAAGAGCUAGAGCGCAUUGGCCGCGAGUACGGCUCAGGACGAAUGAUGUCAGGAGAGGUGAAGCAAAAGCUGAUUGAUGUCAUGUCGGAAAUUUUGAUCAUGAAUUCUAGCUGUCAGUCUUCUCGUCAUGCAAACGCAAUUCAACCAUAA